AUAAAUAUCCCGGAAUGGAACAGUCUCGUAGUAUCAGUACCGUACAAACCGCAAACAUUUCAUUAUUUCAUUUCAUCGCGAUGACCAAUCUCUUUUUGCCAUUUCUAAUCAUCGCUGUAAGUUGCGGUUCCGUGAUUUGCACUAACGUUCUUCCAUGUACUAGUGUUGAUAUUCCACCUCCGGUGGUGGAAAUCCAAAACUGUGAAGAUAUGCCCUGUGUCUUUUAUCUCAAUACCCGGACUUCCAUGACCAUGAAAUUCAGAGCUCCUCGGUACCUGGAGCAUUUUGCCCCACAGGCGCUCGCAAUGGUUAUGGGCCUUAAUGUCACGUACCCAUUGGGACAGGACGAUGGGUGCGAUGGUGUCACCAAUACCCCGUGCCCUUUGGCCGAAAACGAGUACGUUGAGUAUACCUACGGGAUGUACCUUCUCCCGUUUUUUCCCGAAGUUACACUCAGCAUGGAAUUCUCACUAUUUGACAAAGAUCUAAACAGUACGUUUGAAUGUUUCAAAAUUGAUGUGCAGAUUACGAAGGCUUAAUUUUUGUAUGAAGAAAAAUAAAAAUUGUUUUGUAAAA